AUGGCGGACACGGAGUUUGAGGAACUCCGCCAGAACCUGGAUGCGUUGCCAACGUUCCGGAAGACUCCUGCACCGUUUUACUCGCUAGUCGCUGGUCUGGACUUGGACGAGGACAGUCCGUCGUCGAAGAGUGACUCGUCCGACCACGAAGAAGACUGUCCACAGUCGGCCAGCGACGGCACGGUGGACUCGGUGCUCAAGGGAACGCCCAGCAAAACGCAGCAGCUCAUCCAGACCAUCAGCACGAUCAGCAGCAGCAGCAGCACGGGCGAGGACGACGAGAUCGGCGAUGGGUUGCGGACGGUGGCGCACGUCGCCGCCAGGAAGUCUUCGCUAGGGGCGGACGACGAGCAGCUGCUUGUGGUAGUGGCAGGAUCAGGUCCGGAAAGUUUACUACAGUUACAGCUGACGCCGUCACACGGACAGCACACAUCGGCGGAUGGACAGUGUACGGCUGGAAUUGCGGCCGUCACUGGACCGACUCCGGGAGUUCCCGGAACAACAGGAACGGCGAAUGAGAUGCACGGGAUCGCGGGACAGCAUCCAGCGGGAGGUGUUGGCAUGAUGCCAGCUGGAAUAAACAGCGCCCAUCUCGCCCGAACCAGUUCGCUGCCCUGGAUUCCCGGGCAGGUGGAGAGGAGAAGACGCAAACUACCGGAAAUUCCUAAAAAUCGUAAAUCUUCCGUUCUGCAACUUUUAGCCGGACAGACAUCGCUGGCGGACGAGCUGAGCGCCAGCAACCGCAAGCUAAAUGGCCACUACCCGGCGGCGGCAAGCGGGGGACCUCCGCAGCACACCACCUUCUUCAAGCAGAGCUCGCUGCUGGCGCUCAAGUGCAGCUACCUGCUGGACGAGGACUCCAGCCCGGAUUCGGAGCGGCUGCAGAGUCUGGGGGACGUGGACAGCGGCCACAGUACGGCCCACUCGCCGAACGACUACAAGAGCAUGUCUCCGCCACCCCCGCAGGCCGCCUCGCCCGUCACCUCACCCUUCCCGCCGCCGUACGGAGGCGUGCCGUUCAGCCAGCUCGAGAUGCUGGAGGCCACGCACCGCGCCCUGCACAAGUUCGUCCCGCGGCAUCACGACGAGAUCGAGGUGGAGAUUGGGGACCCGAUCUACGUGCAGAAGGAGGCGGAAGAUUUGUGGUGCGAGGGAGUCAACCUGCGCACCGGGCGCCAGGGCAUCUUCCCGUCGGCGUACGCCGUCGAUCUGGACUACAACGACUUCGACCCGACGUCGAUCGAGAUGAAGCGCGAGCGGUACUUGCUCGGGUACCUCGGCUCGGUGGAGACGAUGGCUCACAAGGGCACGGGCGUGGUGUGCCAGGCGGUGCGGAAGAUCGUCGGGAAUGGGUCCGAGUCGCCGAAAGCACAACCCUGCAUACUGGAGAUCUCCGAUCAGGGCUUGCGGAUGGUCGACCGAUCGAGGAACAAAAAAUCCAAAGGGCCGUGCAUAGACUACUUCUACUCGCUGAAGAACGUAUCGUUCUGCGCGUUCCACCCGCGAGACCAUCGCUACAUCGGCUUCAUCACGAAGCACCCGACGGUGCAGCGGUUCGCGUGUCACGUAUUCCAGGGGACCGAAUCGACCCGGCCGGUCGCGGAAGCCGUAGGUCGAGCAUUUCAGCGGUUCUACCAGAAGUUCAUAGAAACAGCAUAUCCAAUCGAGGACAUCUACAUAGAUUAAAUGGUUGACGGAAUGCGGUAUCCAAAAGUUACAGUGGGAAAAAAGUGUACGCGAGACGAAACAGAAUAGAGAGAGAAAGAGAGAGACAGAUCACCUUAUUACCAACGAAGAUAUUCUCCUCAUCAAACUGUCCAUCGCUUUCGGUGCUGUAAAGUAGUGAUUAGUUGCAUCCCACGUUAUGUUGCAUUUUUUGGGGAGUUUUACAUUACGUACAUUUGUUCUGCAAAUUUUAUUCGACAAACUUUUCAGAACUAGAAAAAAAAAUCCCUUGGCACUGAGGCUUAUAAAGUUUAAGUUUGCAAAAGUGUAACAUCACGUGUAUCAUUAAAACCAGUGUUUUCCCGUACUAGCUAAGGAACCAAAACCGUGAGCAAAGAAAACCAAAGAAAAUAAAUGUUAGAAAAAUAGCAGGGGUCGCUUUAGCGUGGGCGACAGUUACGUUGUUAGUGUGUAUUUAUCUGAACGUUUUGAUUUGGUUUAUCAUUUUGGUAGGAAAAGGACGCAAGUAGCUUAAAGAAAAGUCUGCUUUUCUAGCACCUGCUUGGAGGACACUUUUGCCAAUAAUUUUCAUUGGUGGUAGAAACAACAGGGGUUAUCGGUUAUUUAUAUUGCAUGAUUGCACCUAGUGACGCUAGCAAACCUCCCGCCUAGAAUGGUCCGCACAUUUACUUGGGCUGUUUAAAAUUCAACAUACUGCUGAUCAAGCGAGCUGCAGGUGAAAGUUAUUUCCAGUGUGUUGAAAGCUUUGUAAAUUUUGUGAAGGAUUUUUGUGCUCAGAGAGAUAGUGGAGUAGGCGAAUUUUUCAUACGGGGAAGGAUUUUUGCAUGAACAAGGAGUAGUGGGGCAGCUAGUGGAUAGAACUUAAUAUUCUCCAGUUGAUACACAUGUUUUCUCCUUUUUUCAUGUACAACUAGUGAUAUAGUAAUGCGAGGAGAUGAGAGGAAUAGGGACGACUCUAACUGGGGCACAUCAGAACGUUAUAUUAUUUCACAAACCAUGGUCGGACGAUUCGGAAUCAAUGUCGUUUCAACAAACGAUCGGUCAAUGUUAAAUUAUCUGGAAUCUCAAAGCAUCUAAGAACAAAACACCGUUUAGUGGAUCACUGAUGGUCGGAUGCUUGCCGACGAUUUCGUUCGAGAUUCUGGCCAGCAACUCAACAGCAUCUUCAGGCUUAUCGAAUCAAUGGGACCGAAUACGUUCAAAAUAUCGCUGUUAGCACACAUUUGACAAAGUUGGUCAGGCUUUGUUUUACUUCCAUGCGAAAUUUGAAAGUAGGAUCACCAUCCAAAUUAGCAAAAGUCAAGCAAGGGGAAUACAAAGAUGGUAGAACUAAUAGAAGUACAUUUCAUCUGAUGAAAUGUACAAAAAAUGGGCACUUUACAGUGCGUUAAAUAAACAGUACGUAACCACAAGAAGAAAUCACACACACAACAUAAAUCUUACAAAAAACCUCUAAGAAACUGAAUCAUGCAACACAAUAACUUACUCGCGAACUCUUUGCAAAUUCUUCGUACAUUUUUGUUUUUCCUGUACAUACCAGUAGAUAAAAUAAGCAACUUGAACUCGAAUGGCUAACAAGUGAAGCAGGCAGGAUUAGCAGAAGCAGCCCGGAAGGAACAGUUAAACGGAAACGAAACAAAACUAUAUUUAUAGCACAGAAAGAAUAGUAAUGCAAUGAAAAAACGGCUUUAGAGGGAAUAUAAACGAAAGCGGCAACAUAGAUAAACACUGCUUUGCAGAGAAGGGCUGAAGAAUAUUACCGAUCGCUUUUAUUUCCAGAACAGAAAUAAUAACAGAGCUACAGCAAAUGUCUAGUUUUUGAAAAAAAAAAAUCAAAGCCCUCUGUUACAUACUCCUA